AUUGAAGCCUCUCCGCUUCCAAUUGGCCGAUGACGCAAAUUACGUUUACGGAUGUGCGCGGAGUUUAGCGUCCUUCCGGCGUAAACAAGUGCCCAAACGUAUAGACGUCCUGUGUGUGUUUGGCCUGUUUCACAGCCAGAGAGCGCUGAUCGUGCACAUCGGCCUCCUGUCCUGACAUGACGGUUUCCACUAGGCACCUGCAGCAGCUGGCCGUCUUCACCACCCUGCUGACUGGCGCAGGGGUCGGCACCAUGUACUACCUGAUGCAGAAGAAAUUUGCCCAGUCUGACUACCACAGACUGGCUCUGCAGAAGCUGGAAGAGUGUCCAGUUGCCAUGGAAACCCUCGGAGCCCCGCCUUUAAGAGUCUCUAACAUCCGUCUGACUGACAGACACAACCAUAUUGAUCAGUACACGGCACAGAUGAAGAUCCCUGUGCGAGGCUCCAAAGCCGGUGGUUAUUUGUAUACCUCUUCAGUUCGAGAUCCCAUCACCGACAGGUGGAGUUUGAGGCAGGCAGUUCUGCAGUUUUGGGAAGGACAGACUGUGGACCUGCUCCAGACUCCUGAACCAGCUCCAGCACAGAUCCAGACAGAGGACUUCCAGGAGCUGGACCCGGGUCACUGGCCCUAAAAGGCUGUACUAAACAUUAAUGUCAAUGUAGGGGACUCUGUUGUGUCCCAGCAGGUUCUGAGUCAAGGUGGAACUGGCCAACAUCAGCAAAGUGCCAAUUCUUUAACUUCAGCAUCGUUUACACAAAGGGACACGUUUCUGUGCAAAAAAAAGCUGUGGUUUCACUAACCUGCUGUAUCUCAACUUCAAUCUUCCUGUACAGAUGGAGAGGAAGUGCACUUACCAAAGCACAUGUGUGACCAUAUUAAAUAAAGAGCUCCAUGAUUCAUAAAUGAUUCCCCAGACAUUUCAUAGGAACAUUAGAAGUGUGACUGAUAACGCAUGAAAAGCAACACGAUCUGGUGUUAACAUCACAGUUUAAUAUUAACAGCAGCAGAAGAUGGAUGGAACAUAACGGAAAAUAAAUGAAACGGGUAAUAAAAGUGAAACUGUUUUAGUAACAUUCUCUUGAAUUUUCCGUGUGGUUGACAUUUGUGCAGCUUCUUUUGCAUCAAUAAUCACCUGGAACGCUGAGAUCUAUCUAUCUAAAAAAACCUGUAAGAAGCGCUUGACACAAGUAUUUUGUCACAGGGUCGUGUCGUGGGCUUGUGGUUUCCUGUGGUUUCAGGAGGGAGAAUGUUUCCUCUUACAUAUCCUGUACCCCUAGGUUUUAGUUUGUUUUAUGGAGACAUGAUAAAAGGCGUUUCUCCAACAGUCAGUCAUGGUAUUGUCUUUAACCUGAACAAUUUAAAUGGUCAGUCACAAACACCUUUCAUGUCUUGUGUGAACCACAUCACAUCAUGAAUGUGUCAUUUGAGUGAAGUAGACAAGAAACCUCAGAGACAGAUGACAUUGUUACUAGAUGACAUCAUGUGGCUUUAGUGGUGUCAUCUUUGACAUCAUACAGUCAGGACCAUAAAUAUUUGGACAGAGACACAUUUCUUCUAAUUUUGUAUCUGUACAUUACCACAGUGAAUUUUAAAUGAAACAACUCAGAUGCCAUUGAAGUGCAGACUUUCAGCUUUAAUUCCAUGGGUUGAACAAAAAGAGUGCAUAAAACUGUGAAAAACUAAAGCAUUUAUUAAACACAAUUCCUUCAUUUCAUGGGCUCGUAAGUAAUUGGACAAAUGAAAUAACUGAAAAUAAAAUGGUCAUUACUAAUAUUUGGUUGAAAACCCUUUGUUGGCAAUGACAGCCUGAAGUCUUAAACUCAUGGACAUCACGAGAUGCUGGGUUUUCUUCUUCUGAAUGCUCUGCCAGGCCUUUACUGCAGCGGCUUUCAGUUGUUGUUUGUUUGUGGGCCUUUCUGUCUGCAGUUUAGUCUUCAACAAGUGAAAUGCAUGCUCAAUUGGGUUAAGAUCAGGUGACUGACUGACUUAAUAAACUCCUGAGUUGCUUUUGGCUGUA